AUGAGUAGCUGCGAAGUGAGGCGUUCACCACGAAUGAGAGUUGGUCCUCUGAAUUCAUCAACACCAAAAAUGAAAUUAUCUCGCACAAAAUCUGAAAAUCAAUUACAGAUUUACUUCACGAAUUUGAAGAAUAUUUCGUUUGAAUCGAAUCACACCGAGCCACCAUCAACUCUUUCACCACUUGGUUUUUCACCAAGUUUUGUAGAUGGUGAGCAAAAAGUGGGUGGAGAUAGACAGUGGAGUGAAGUGAUUAUCUGA